AUGGCCGACCAAAUCCGCCGGCGGUUCAACGCCGCAAAGGAGAAGCUCAAGCAGAAGCGACAUGUCGCUGGAUGGGUGCUGCCUCGACAGCAGUCCUCGCUUGCCGAUGAGGGGACGUGGACAAAUAUCGACAUGGACGUGACUCCUCCCGAACGCCGGAUCUGGGGCGCCUGGACCAUGUUAGGGUUCUGGCUCUCAGACGCACUCAACGCGCAAGGAUGGCAAGCCCCAGCUGCGAUUCUCGCCGUUGGAUUAACAUGGCGCGAAGCAAUCAUCUGCAUCAUCUUCGGCAACAUAACAACCACAAUCCCACUAGCCCUCAACGGCGCCGUGGGCGCAGACCUGCACAUCCCCUUUUCCGUAGCUAUGCGGUCUUCCUGCGGAUGGUAUUUCGCGCGCUUCGCCGUGGUGGUGCGCAUGAUCACCGCGCUCUUCUGGCACGCCAUCCAAACCUACACGGGCUCGACCGCAAUCACCCAGUGCAUCCGCGCAAUCUGGCCGUCGUACCUCGCCAUCCCGAACCACCUCCCCGUGUCCGCGGGCAUCACCAGCCAGGAGCUGCUCUCGCAUUUUCUGUUCUGGUCGAUCCAGGUUCCCUUCUUGCUCACGCCGCCGCACAAACUGAAAUGGUUCUUCGUGUUCAAGAGUGUUGUCGUCAUCACAUCCUCCGUCGCCGUCGUCAUCACAAUGACGCACAAAGCCGGGGGUACAGGCGAGAUCUGGGCACAGGAGUAUCGCGUCUUUGGAGAAACGCGCCGCUGGCUCAUUCUCUCUAGUCUCUCGAGCUGCACGGCCAGCUGGGCGACAAUGGCGACGAAUAUCCCGGAUUUUACUCGGUAUCUGCAUGACCGGAAUCGAAAAGCCAUCUACUGGCAGGUCAUGUUCCUCCCGGCCAUCGCGCUGCUCAUCGGUAUGUUUGGGAUCAUAUCGACCUCGGCUGCGAGUGUUGUCUAUGGCGACUACAUCUGGGACCCCGUCACGCUCGUCGCGCAGUGGGAUGGACCCAGCGGACGCGCGGGCGCGUUCUUUGUAGGCUUCAGCUGGUGCGUUGCGCAGAUUGGGACGAACCUCUCGGCGAAUGUUAUAUCCUGCGCAAACGACUUGACCAGUCUCUUCCCAAAAUACAUCAACAUCCGCCGCGGGAUCGUCCUCACCACCGUCACAGCCGGGUGGAUCAUGGUACCCUGGAAAAUCAUCUACAGUGCGAGCUCGCUGCUGAGUUUCAUGUCGGGCCUGGGAAUCUUCCUCGCCCCCAUCGCCGCAAUCCUGGCGUCGGACUACUGGCUCGUCAAACGCCGCCGGAUCGAUGUCCCUGAGCUGUACAAGGCGCGCGGCCGCUACCGGUACAACACGUACGGAAGCAAUUGGCGCGCGAUGCUCGCCUUCCUCGUCUCAGUCGUCCCGAAUAUCCCGGGGAUGGCCGCGACGGUGAAUACGGAUCUGGCGGGGAGCAUCGGAGGUGCGCAGAAGAUCUAUGACAUGUUUUAUUUCUGGGGGUUUACGUCGGCGGUUGUUGUUUAUGUGGGCUUGAGUUGGGUAUUUCCGGUCGAAGAGACGCUGGUGCCUGUUACGAUUUCGGGGGAUGAGGUUUAUGCGGGGAGGGAGGUGGAUGGGGAGAUCUUUGAUGGCGAGAAAGGGUUGCGGGCUUCGAGUGUGGAGAAGAAGGAUGCGGUGUAA